AUUUUUGUUUGCGUGUGCUCGUGUGUUAAUGGCAAUAGCCGAACCCGAGAGUACUCCCUUCCCUUCCUUCCUUCCCAUGAGCGAACCAACCAUUCAUUUUCCAUUUUAGCCAUAUAUGAAAGCCAUAAUAAAGGCAUAAAGGCUCUCUCUCACAAGGCCAAACCGAUUAUACUAAAUGACUCUUUCUCUUGUCCGCUCUGCUUCUUCUUCAAGAUUUGGAAGAGUCUUUCAGCCGGCCUAGCUAUAUACCCAAUUCACUCCUCAAACUUCUAUACAAACACUUGUAUUUGAAUUUUCUAGUUGGAUCAGAUAUUGGUUUAUUGAUUGUGAUGAGAGGAUAUUGUUUUGUUUAUCGAUUUUGAUUCAUCUGGGCACCGACAAAAAUCGGAUCUUUAGGUUCGAUUCGAUUUUUUUUUUCUCUUUUUGCAAGGUGGGUCGAUCUGAAUUCGAGUUUAGAUUAUUGGGUUUGAUCUGGGUUUUCACUGAUCGGAUUUCCGCGGUUCAAUCUUCGGUUGAUUUCAAAAUUCUGAGUUGCGUUUGAAAUGGUCUAUCUCCCUAGCUCAAUCUCGGUCUGCAAGUCCGUUGACCAAACUUCGCUCAUGCCUGUUUCGAUGAAUUUAACUGACUCAGGUGCUAAAUCUAAGCAGAACAAUCAUGUACCCAAAAGCAGAAAAUUGCCCAACUUGCCGAAUUGUUCGACAAUCCCUUCUUGCGAUCGAUCUCGAUCGGCUGUGGUCGAUGUUGUGAUUCUGAUUGCUGUGGUUUUCGCAUGUGGCUUUCUUAUAUUGCCUUCUCUCAAGUUCCUCUUUUUCGAAGCCAGUGAGAUAUUUGGAAUAAUUAUGGAUGUUCUCAAAGAGGAGGUUUCUCAAGCUCCAUUGAUUUAUGGAUCCGUAGGACUAAGCAUUUGUUCUGCUGCAUUAGCUGCCUGGGGCGUCUUGGCAUGUACAAGUAGAAAAUGUGGGAAUCCAAACUGCAAAGGCCUUCGAAAAGCGGCUGAAUUUGAUAUUCAGUUAGAGACAGAGGAGUGUGUCAAAAACUCAGCUUCAAUGGUUAAAGAUGGAGUCAAGAAGGGGUUAUUCGAAUUGCCUCGUGAUCACCACCGUGAAUUGGAGGCUGAGCUCAAAAAGAUGGCACCCCCUAAUGGAAGAGCUGUUCUGGUAUUCAGGGCAAGGUGUGGAUGUUCUGUUGGUAGAUUGGAAGUUCCAGGGCCAAAGAAGCGAAAGAUCAAGAAGUAGGAUUUUAAUAUAUUUGUUAAAUCAUAGGGAAGAUAAAGAUGAAUACAGGAGUAGUCUUAAUGCAGAGAGAAAAGUGCCUUUUCUCUUUUUGAAUCUUCUCAAAACUAUGUUGUUUUUAAAUAAAUUUAGCUAAUGGAAUAAGUUGUGGACCAUUUUACAGUUCGUUAUAGUGGGCAAUAUAAAGAAAAUCGUUAUUUAAUUUACUUAAA